AUGUGGCUAAAUAAAUUAUUGAUUUGGCCACAAAGAAGUUUUAUUACCUGUCAAUUUCUACCUACCAUUAGUCAGUUAGCCAGUAAUAUCAAUGCUAUACAUAAAUUUAACAUUCAUACGACACAAUGCUUUAGUCGUGAGGAAAUUUUACAGCGUAUGCACAGGAUGGAUGGACCACCUGAACGUCGUAGUCGUAGCAGAGAUCAUACAGCAAUUCGUGGUUUCAAUCAUUUCAAAGGAAUUGUUUUAAAAACUUUAAUAAGGCAUCCGAAAAAACCAAAUUCGGGAAAUCGUAAGUGUGCAUUGGUACGUUUAAGUAAUGGUAAGGAAGUAUGUGCUUAUAUCCCAGGUGUUGGUCAUAAUUUACAAGAACACUCACAGGUGAUGGUACGUGGCGGACGUCGGCGUGAUCUUCAAGGUGUACGAGCCGAAAUAAUACGUGGUAAGCUUGAUUGUGCUCCGUUACCGAAGAAAGCAAAGAAAGCAGCAAUGAAAUAA